AUGAUUUCUUUUUCAGAAAUGAUCUGCACUCGCGGACGUACCCUUCGUGAGCUUCGUGAGGAAGGUGUUGGUUCCAACGUUUACUUACAACGUGAAGAGGAACCUCUGAGCGGAACCGUCACUGCCCCUCGCUACGACGACGACGUUCGCAAUUCUUUGUGGGUACGCGAAUCCUGCUACCCUGGAAUGGGAAGACAUUACUUCUGGAACAUCAGCGACUCCAUGGACUGCACACGCUUCUUUCCUGUCUAUGUGACUUUCUUCCGGGGAGAGAUAGUGUCCUUCGGUUUCCUCCAUUCCGCCAACCUACCUGCUUCUGGACGAUUCGAAAGAGUAAUUAAGGAAAAUAUUGGAACAUAUCUGCACAAUCCUCCCAAGUGUCUCCAGAAAGAGAUAUCUGCUCCUGGGGCUCGUUUCUCAUCUCUCCACGUCUAUUUCAUCAGCAAGCCUUGGGAAGUGACAUGCUCUAGCGACUAACUGUGUCCACGAAAUGAGCUCUUUCACAUGGUAUUAUGUACAGUCGGUGACAGUGUCAAUAUCUGGAAAUUCCCUUUGUAUCGCAAAAAGGGUUGGACACGACAGCAAGGCCGUCUGCUACGACAACGAACAGUGGAAGGCGGCCUCGAUGGCUGGGUUCGGGAUACACGAACGAUAUGUACUUGAUACAGUAUCGAGUACAUAAUAUAUUAUUUAUUUCAAGGUCCGCGGUAUGGUGGCUGUGAUCAUUUGUGGGCACUAACUGACUGUGUUUCACGCUUGUGAAGGUGCAUUCUUUGUUCGCUUUUCGACCUACGGUGCGCGCAAGAAACAUUCAAGUACAGUGAACUGCAUCCUCGCCACAGUGAUAUAUACAGCGAGAGAAGAGGAUACAAAACCUUGACGAUGUUUUCAGCUGUUGUUGCUUGAUCAGCUGGGUUGAUGCUGAGGCCACGAGCAGUACCCUCAACGUCCAACUACUGGCUUGGGACCAUCGUCAGGACCCCGCAAAGCGUGCCUGGCCUGGUCAACGCAGCCGGUCCCCGGAAUCCUCCAGUUAAACUUAUAUGGAGCACAGGCUCCUGCGCAGGAAUGCUAGCGGCACUCCCCUAUCCAUGGGCCUUGCUGAAGUGCCUGGGUUUGUGCUUGUGUAUAUGUUUAAGCCUACUUUCGUUGCAUCUGGAACGAGGCCAGGAGACCAGUGUGUUGGACUGAGCUGAACAGAGUAAAGCCUCGUUAUAACGAAGUGAACGGGACCGAGAAGAGAAAAAAAGCAGCAGUUCGAUAUAAGCGAAUGUCCAAGAGAAAAACAGUGAUAGUAUAGCCUAUAUAGGAAGUGCACGAAAUCACCACGGGAGUUUUCAAACAUUCAAGCAAGGAAAGAAUGGUGAUGAGCACUUUGGCAGCCUUUUAGUUUAAGUGCAAAAAAGAAGAAAAAGAAAAAGACGUGAACUGGUUUUGCCAUACGAAUUUCUGUCGGCUCAUACUUCGCGGUAAGCGCGCAGUCCGCUAUCAGUACAAUUCCAAUAAUCCGUGUCGGCAGGGCCUGCGUAAAACUUCGAAUGAGGCGAUGUUUCGAAUAAACCGGUUUCGUCACAAUCAGGCUUUACUGUAUGUGACAUGUACGAAAUAAAGUUGGAGUGGCUUGGAGUUGUCCUGUUCAGCACUGCCCGCACAUGCACGGGCA